GGCCGAUUAAAACAUGUCCAUGUUUUCUUGUUGAAGUAGGUUACCUAAUUCUGUUUAAUUUACGUGCAUUAUAUGAUACGUCUCAAAAAUACUUCUACUAUUCUUUAUCUGAAUAUUCGUUUUACGAUACUUUAUAUGGAGUCUAUAGAUUUAUUAGCACGUGAAAAUGAAUUUAAGAAACUCAAUAAGCAACUGGAGAAAAAAACGGAGACGUUGAUGAAGGAAAUUGAACAAGUUAUGCAAAAACAGGACAUAUUCUCCGAGUUUUCAAACAGACUAGUACAAACUCCAAACAGACAUCUAAGAAAACAUUGUGACUCUCCCAUCACUCCAGAUAAGAUACCCACCAAAGUGCAAAUUAAGAAAAAAGAAAAUAGCCCUAAAAAUAAUAAUACAGAUUAUAAUACAGGCACAGAUAAUGAAAUUAAAAAGUGCAUAUCAAAUGUGUGUGAGUGGUGCCAAAUGAGAAAUAAGGAAAAUGAUCACAUGGAGUUUUUGUAUGCAUUUGUUUCUGUUAAUGUUAAGGAAAAUGUUUUGCCGCAGUCGUUUGUAAAAGAUCGAGUCACAGUUGAAAAUGUAUGUAAAUUUCUAUCGGCCAAAGUGAAACUUAUGCAGGAACAAAUAGAUAAAUUACAAGCUACUAUAGAUAAAAUGGCUAAGCAGUGCGAAGGUCACAUGGGACAGUUAGCAGGUAUGGAAAGCGAGAGGCUAUCCCUCGUGAGCAGAGCCAAUACUCUCAGGUCUGAGGUAGCCGAUGUUAGAGCGAAGUAUGCAGCUGUGAACAAUAAGUUUAAUGAAAAAGACCGUCUCUACAAAGAACAGAGGAGCGUAUCGGACAAACUGACGGUUGAGAUGAAAAGCUUAAGGGCGAAAAAUGCGAAUUUGGAAGCGCGAGGCGCGUCGCAGGAAGAGGCUAUAGUGUCGCUGAAACAUCAAUUGGAAACUGUGAAACUGUCUGAUAAGGAAUUCCGCGACGCAACACGCAACCUCUCUGCGUCACAUCAGAACGCCAUCUGUCAAUUAGAAGCUAAAGUUAAAAGUCUAAACUCGCGUAUAGACAAGCAAGCGGCGCUCAUAGACAACUUGAAGAAACAAAACGCGCUGCUGGCGACAGAGGGCGCUUUGAAAGCGCUAGAACGGGAAUAUAACGAGUUUUUGAAUUCGGAUUUGGAAUAAAGAUUUGAAAUAUUUUAA